CCCCGCGUCACCCGUGGGCCAAGAUGGCGGCGGGGAGCGGCGCCGGGGCGCGGGAGCUUUUUGCUGAGGGGCUGCUGCAGUUCCUGCGGCCCGCGGUGCGACAGCUCGACCGGCACGUGCACAGCGUCAGGGAGAGCCAGGUGGAGCUGCGGGAGCACAUCGACAGCCUGGCCACAGAGCUCUGCCGCAUCAACGAUGACCAGAAGGUGGCUCUGGACCUCGACCCCUACGUGAAGAAGCUGCUGAACGCCCGGCGCCGCGUGGUGCUGGUCAACAACAUCCUGCAGAACGCCCAGGAGCGGCUGAGGAGGCUGAACCACAGCGUGGCCAAGGAGACGGUGAGGAGGAGGGCGAUGCUGGAGGCUGGGGGCUACCAGGGCAAGUGAGCAGUGACCAGCAGGUGACCAGCAGGUGACCAGCCAGGGCAGCAGCAAUCUGUCAAUCCCAGCUCCUGGACUGAGGGGUGUCCCCCAGCACCUGCAGCUGAGGGAACUGGGACGCUCAGAGCCGUGGGCUCGCAAUUUUGGGUGCUGGAAUAAAAGUGACUGAGAGUC